UAUUCUUGGACACCACGUUCUUGUUAACGGAGAUCUUGGUCUGGACACGACAGAUAGAAGAUCAUAGUCAGUUAAUCUAGACACAGGGAAAUAAUUGUUUGGUCAUUCAGCAUGCCACACAAGUACAAAUAUCACUGGUUUAAGGAUCUCCGUGCUCGUGGGGAGUUUCCCAGAUUGAUGUUUGUAGCUGCUGGGGUUGAUUAUGAAGACGUUCUAGUGGAACGACAUGGACCAGAGUGGGACGCCAAGAAACCAACAAUGCCUGGUGGAACUCUACCUGUUCUAGAAAUUGAUGGUCAGUUGUUUGGGGAGAGUGUGGUAAUUGCCAGAUAUUUGGCCCGUGAAUUUGGUCUGGAUGGUAGAGACAACUAUGAGAAGUUAUUAACAGACACAAUAGUAGACAGAAUCAUUCAGAUACGAGAACUUUUAGCAGGUUUUAUGUUUCAGAAAGAUGAAGAAAUCAAGGCAGUAGCACAGAAGCAAUUUCUUGAGGAACAACUUCCAUCUGCUUUGAAUUUAAUUGAAAAACAUGCUCAGGAAAAUAAAUGUACCGAAGAUUUUCUGGUUGGUGAUAAGCUGUCCUGGGCUGACCUGGCCUUGUUUGAUAUGUUUGAACAUAUACUCGCAUUUAAACCGGAUGCUUUAGAUAACUAUCCAAAAAUAGCAGCCAGUUUUAAACGUGUGCCGACAUUACCCAGACUUUCUGAAUACCUGAAAAAUCGUCGAGUCACACGAGUAUAAUCCAACAAAACAAUUCCUCGUGUGAUGUGUUUUUAGAAGUCAAUUUGAUCUGAGUAAAGUUUAAUUAUUGAUUUUAAUUAAAUUUGAUUCGUUACAAAAUUAUGAUUACAUGUACAUGUACGUACAUGAUGCCAAACAAAUUUUUAAUUAUCUUUUUUUUUAUUCUUUGUAAAUUAAAUUUAGAGAAAGCAAAAGAUUAUGGUCAUCUCUCAUGUAACGAAAAUUUAAUCGUUUCGAGUCCCUCUCCAGUCAUAAAUUGGAAUCACAGUCAACAAUUAAAUUAUUUAAAUUUAAAUCAAAAGUGUACAAGUUGUGUACAGGAUAAUUCGAUCCAAUAAUAUUAUGUUUAUAAUGAUAUGUUUGUAUCAUUGAAUUUGUAUUAAAGAUUUGUU